AUGCUCCUGGGGCUCUUCAGGAGCGUCAGGGGAAAGGCGGCCGGCAGGAGGCAGCCAGGGGUCCUCGCCGUGGCCCUCCGUGGCUGGCAAGGGGAGCUGCUGGUGUACGGCGAUAUUGUGCAACAUGACACAGGCAGCCACGAGCUUGGCUACAGUCAACGGCUGCAUGGCCAGGCGGCCGCCCGUGUGGUGGAGACAUCUGAAGCACAUUUUCAGCUGGCCGAAAGCAUGUUCGAUCACCAUCCUCGACGAGAGAAUAUUACAGAAUAUGAUAUAAUGGCAUAUACAUGGUGGAGAUUUCUGAAUGACUCUGAUGCACCCCCAUACUGGCUUGUACAAUUCCCGAUGGUCAAGGCCACCGUCAGAGCCAUGGACACAGUCACAGACUUCUUGAUGAAAAAAUAUCAGAAAAAAGUCACACGGUUCACUUUGGCAGGUACUUCCAUGAGUGGCUGGGCUGCUUGGCUGACUGCAGCAGUUGACAGUAGGGUUGCUGGAAUAAUUCCCAUUGGCAUGGAUUUGCUGAACAUUACCGAGAAUCUCCACCACCAAUACCGAGCAUAUUGCGGCUGGUCUUAUAUGAUGAAACCCUUCUAUGAGCUGAAUAUAACUCAAGAGUUGGACAGCCCCCGUUUCAGUGAACUGGCUUCGCAUGUGGACCCACUGGCAUACAACCCACGAUACGCAAACGUAUCCAAGUACAUAAUCGUAGCAACGGGAGAUGAAUUAUUCCAGCCUGACAACUCACGUUAUUACUUUUCCCAGCUGGAAGGCGAGAAGUAUCUCAACAUCAUCCCACAUGUUGAUUCCAGAUUUCAAGGUGAAAGAACACUAAUAAAUCCAAUGCUUGUUUUCCAUUAUCGUAUCAUCAUAAGACAUUCUGGAUUUCCAGACAUCUCUUGGAACGUAACAACGAUCCUCCAACACCAAAAUGAAAAGGAGCUGUGA